AUGGAUUAACCUUAAUAUUCAAUUCACUAGAUACUUUAGAAUAAAAGAGAUUUAUUAAGAGAAACAAUUAGAAAUAAUGAUUUGGAGAAAAUAUUUCAAUAAAAAAGAAUAUAAACUUAAUAGAAUUAAGAAUCUGAAGAAAUCUCAAUCCUUUCUUCUAGUAGCUCAAUAAAUUAUCGAAAAAACUAGUCAAUAAUUGAAAUAGAAAGUUCAUCAGAAGAAGCGUCUUUGAUUCGAUUAACUAAAAUUAGAAUUAAAGCGAAUCUGACUCCAAACUAUUUGAUUUCUGUGAAUGAAUAUCUUAAAAGAGAUCCUUAUAUCUUUUAAGUAUAAAAGAUAUUUACAUUAUGUGAAGAUGCAAUUUUAGAUAUAAAAUUAACUUCUUCAGAUUUGGUGCCUUAUUUAGUUGAAAUAAUUUAUUCGGUAGCAAAAUACAAAACAUAAAUUCCUUUUAAAGUAAUCAUUCUAUAAAUAUCAUUUAGCCACUAACUUUACUAUUAUAAGCUUUUACCCUUCAUUAAGACUAUAUAAUUUUAUAGUACAUUAAAAUGUAUUUAUAAAAUAACAAACAAGAAACAAGUGAGAUUGAUUAAUUUUGUAAACAAAAAAGUUUGUUUUAAGAUGAGAGUUUUCUAUUCAUAAUAUGCAAUAAUAUAAAAUAUGUAAUAGUUAUUUUAAACUUUAGGCAAACUUGUAAAUGUUGCUCUUUUUAUGUGAAACAAUUAAAAACAAUGACUUUAUUUAAGCAAUUUAAGUAUAUGGAGUAAAAAUAUUCGAUAAAAAUAUUGAGUAUAAAAAGGAAUAUAGAAAAAUUAUAAAAGAAAUAUAAAUUUUGGCUGAAAUCCGUUUGUCGAAUAAAGAAAUACUUUACCAAAACUGA